UGAGCCUUUAGAAAUAGAUCUCUCUUAAGUACCAACAAGGUGCCAUAAACAUACAAUAUAAAAUGAUGCCUGUUCAGGCAUGUCUGUCCCGAGAAUGUAGAAAAACAAACACAUACACAGUCACACACCUACACACACAAACUCACACACACUAAACUCCACAAUUAGACAGCAGUUUCCAGCAGCAGUGGGGGGGAAUCAAGCCCUUUCAGUGUCUGUGAAGUGCCACUUUAUCUGCACACCCUCAUCCCUUGCUCUUUUUCUCCCUUUUUCACUCCUCUUGCACUUAUCUCUCCAUUCUGCUCCUUCUAUCGCUCUAUCCCUCUCUCAUUUCUCUCCACCACCGCCGCCGCGGCUGCUGCUGCUGCUCUUCAGCCAAAAUACUGCUGGAGGCUCUCCAUCCCUCGUUCCCCCCCUCUGUUUCUCUCUCACACUCUCUCACUCACUCUCUCUCUCUCUCGCUAUAUCCACGCUCUCUGCAUUCCUCCUUCUCCCUCCCUGUCUCUCCCACUCUCUCGCUCUGCCCCCUCCCUCCCUCUCUCUCUCUCUCUCUCUCUCUCUCUCUCUCCUCUAUUCGUUCGUAUCAGACGGUGAAGCAGAUGCAUUGAGCACAGUUGCUUUUCUCUUUCUCUCUCUCUUUUCUGAUCUCGCUCGUUCGUUCGUUCGCUCGGACCAAACUGACCCACACUCUCCGCACUUCUGCAAGAGGAGAGAACAUGGCAGGAAAGAAAAAGCGUAAAGGAUAAAAAAAAAGAAGAAGAGCAAUAGAGCUGGAUCCACUGGAAGAUAGAGAGAGAGACGUAUCUGAAGUGAAGAGGGGGAUCGCUAAAAAUAUCGGCUGCUCCAGAGACUGUCCUUACUGUACAUUUCUUCUAUCUAUUUUUAUCUUUUUUCCUCUUUUUUUUGUUUUUUUUACAUCUCUCUUGUCGUCUCUUUCUGGAUAUACCUGUUGUGUUCAGCGGGAUUAAAAAUGACUUAAAAUUCAAUCAACGGCAGGAGAGAGAGAGAGAGAACGAGAGAGAGAGAGGGAGAGAGAAGGAGGGAUGAAAAAAGAGGGGUUUGUCCUCUGAAGAGAUUCAGCGGUGUACAGCUGGUGAGGGCGAGAGCGAGGGAGCAUUAAAGAGAGAGAGAGUGAAAGAUAGAAAAAGAAAGAGAGAGAGAAAGAGUUUGAAGGAAAGACAGAAGGUCUUCUCUCUUUUAAAUGUGGUUGGGAAGUGACUGGCUGGACUCUGAGGACCAUGCUACAGUCAAGCAACCUGGAACACAGGACUGUCAUAUUAUCCCCCUAGCCCUCCCUCCCUCCAUCUCUCCCUCUUUCUUUGUUUCUUGGCACAGGGGACGCUGUGUUUUGCCGGGAGACGUGAGUGGAUCUGUAAACUGAUGCUGUGACGCCAGGAGACAGGAGGAUGGGAGCCGACGAUGAAAAACGAGGAAAAGAAUAAGACUGAUAAUCGACAGAAAACACAGCUCGCACACACCUGGAAUGAGGGAUAAGCCUGAGAGGAAAAAAAGAAAGAAAACUAACCAAAGGGAAGAAUGAACAGAUGAAGAGGAGGAGACCAGUAAAGGAGAGGAAGAGCAAGGGAGCUGCUGGAAAAUGAGGAAAGGAAGAAUGAGAGUGGGAUUCUAGAGGGGAAAAGAGAACAACAGAAGAACAACAGAAAGAAAAAAGAAAAAGCACAUGAAGACGACGGACAUCUGGGAGCUUCCACAACAGAAGCUGAAUAGAGCUGUGUGUGUGUAUUUCUGAGUGUGUGUGUGUGUGUUUGUAUGUGUGUGUGUGUGUGUGAUGGCCCCAGGUGAGCGAGAGAGGGGCUUUUAGCAGGGGAACAUUGUGGAAGAAAGGAGAAUAAAGGCAAUUUCUCACUACAAAGCUAAAAUGGAUACAAUUGUUAAAUUGCGGGCAUAAAUUGACCUAAAUCCCGCAACACACACCCACACGUGUGUGUGUGUGUGGACACUCUCCCGUCCCGAGCUGCGGAUACACACACCUGAGCCUGGACACGUGCUCACCAAACACGUACAUGCACGCACGGCUGGAAAACACACGCGCGGCACGGCCACACGCAGGCCUGGAAAAACAACCCCGCCUGUGGAAAUGAAGAGCUGACCGAGUCCUCGCAAAGACACAGACGACACAGGUCUGUGGAUAACCCUCCUUUCUACCAUGCAAGACUCCCCACCCCCCCAGUCACAAAAAUCACACCCGUCCCAUAGUUUACGCCAUCAUCUGAGUAACACACACUCCUCUUCUUCUCUUCCCCUUCAACCAUCCAUCCACUCGCAUCCACUUCUUCUCAAGCCCUCACACCACAAGCUCCCACCAUCACCGCCUUCAUCUCUGUGCCCAAAGUACACCUACAGUUACCUGGCCCCUUCCACAUUACCCUCAAGCCAACCCUUACCCUCCCUCCACUGGCUGACACUGGUCACCUGCGCAUGCUUACUGCCUGUUCUGAUUGGACGGAUUCCUGGAGCACUGGCUGGCGAGACGUGGGGUGUGGUUUCUGCAUGCCCUUUUCACUGUGUUUGCCGGAAUUUAUCGGAGUCUCUUAGUACACUCUGUGCGGACAAAGGUUUACUCUUUGUGCCGCCAAACAUUGAUCGCCGUACUGUUGAGCUUCGGCUUGCGGACAACUUCAUCCGAGAGGUGGGAGGUGCAGACUUUGCCAACAUGACUGGACUGGUGGAUCUAACACUGUCCCGAAACACCAUCAACUUCAUCAAGCCUAUGGCGUUCGGGGACCUCGAGAGUCUCCGCUCAUUGCACCUGGAUGGGAAUCGGCUGAUGUCCCUUGGCCCCAGAGACUUAAUGGGCAUGCUGAACCUGCAGCACCUCAUCCUCAACAACAACCAGCUCAUCAACAUUUCUUCAGAUGCCUUUGAUGACUUCCUUCUCACUUUGGAAGACCUGGACCUGUCUUACAACAAUCUGCGCAAGGCACCCUGGGAUGCCAUCCAGAACAUGGCCAGCUUGCACACGUUGAACCUCGACCACAACCUCAUCGACCAGAUCGCUGAAGGUUCUUUCAGCGAACUCUACAAACUUGCUCGGUUAGACAUGACCUCAAACCGCCUUCAGACUCUGCCCCCGGAUCCCUUGUUUGCGAGGUCCCAGACAGGGGUAAUAAGCCCCACCCCCUACAAUUCAGUAGUGAGUUUGAACUUUGGAGGAAACCCACUGCACUGUAACUGUGAGCUUCUCUGGUUGCGCAGGUUGAUUCGGAGCGAUGAUAUGGAGACUUGCGCCACGCCGAUUCACCUGGCAGGACGCUACUUCUGGUCAAUACCUGAGGAGGAAUUCAUCUGCGAGCCUCCACUUAUAACUCGACACACACACAAACUCUGGGUGUUAGAGGGCCAGAGGGCAACACUCAAAUGCCGGGCUAUCGGAGACCCUGAGCCAAUGGUGCACUGGGUUUCACCUGAUGACCGGAUUAUUGCAAAUUCUAGUCGAACCACCUCGUUUCGGAACGGGACGCUUGAGCUUCUAGUGACUGUGGCACGUGAUGAUGGAGCCUACACUUGCAUUGCAAUUAACGCUGCAGGUGAGGCCACUGCAGUUAUCGACCUCAAGGUAAUUCCUCUUCCUCACAGAGGGAACGGAACAGUAUCUUUAGCCCGGGAUCCAGGGUCAUCAGAUAUUACCAGAGGGAAAACAUCUAAUGGGCAAAGCCCAAGCCAGGAUACUAAUAAUAACGCUAAUACUAACGCUAAUGCUGACCCAAAGGAAGUAAAAGAGGAUGUAGAGUCAGUAGAGACUGAGGAUGGAGCAAGUGAAGGAGGAGAGGACCAGCUUGUGGAAGUGCAGGGAGUGACCUCCACAUCGGCUCAAGUGCGGUGGGAUAUUGGUCGACUGUCAGGGACAUACCUGGUUUGGAUGUACCAGAUCCAGUACAACUGCACCGCGGAUGAAACCCUGGUAUACCGAAUCCUGCCCUCCACGAGCUACAGCUUCCUCCUGAAGAACCUCGUUUCUGGAGCGGAAUACAACCUGUGCGUCCUGGCCAUCUUCGACGACACAGUGACCUCCAUGGCGGCCACCAAGGUUUUAGGCUGCAUUCAGUUCAGCACCAAGGACAACUACCCCGACUGCCGUUCACUUCAAGCCCACUUUCUGGGCGGGACCUUAACAAUCCUCGUGGGAGGAAUCGUGGUGGUUACACUGCUGGUGUUCACCGUGGCGCUGAUGGUGCGCCAUCGGGUCUGCAGCAACCACGACAUCCACCACCACAACAUCGGCGAUGAGGCCACUUGCUCGGGAUCAGACUCCCCGUCCCUUUCUGCCAAAGGAGCUGGAGUUUUUUCACAAAGCAACGGGAAUGGGGAUGUAAUGAUGGUGGUCCUACCCAACGGGCUCCUCCAGAAACAAAGAGGGGGGGCAGGGGCGUCCGGGACAUCGCCAAAGCCGCCUCCUACCCCCAAACCCAAAACACUGCCCAGACCCAAGGUAAACAUGGACCAGCUCAGGGUGGGGCUCGAGGGAGGGGUGGGGUCACAGAGGGCGCUCCCACCAUACACUCCAGAGACAGAGCGAAUGCCAAUGUACUAUUGCCCCAAGAACCCAUCUCCAUCUACACUGCCACGCCAAUCGCGCCAAUUAGCGACUGGCCAGAGCAAACUUCAACCCACAAACAGAGAACUAGCAAAGAGAGCUAGCUUCAGUUUAGCUCCGCCCCCUCAUUAUCACACUGAUUUAAGGGACAGGCGGUUCAGCACAGGUGGUGGCCCUGUGGUGGUAAGACGGGGACUUACAGACAGUCAGUGGAAUUCCUCGCUGGCCUAUCAGAGCCCAGGCCUGAGCUGCCAAAGCCCCAUCCAUGGUGCCAUCAGGCGCAAGCGUAGCUCCUCCUUCGACAUGGGGAACAUGGCCACCACGACCUGCUACAGCUACGCCAAGCGGCUGAGCGUCAUCUGGACCAAGCGUAGCCAGUCCCUGCACGGCAUGCUGGUCCAGUGUGCCUCCACCACCAGCGCCUCCACUACGACCAGCAGUGGCAGCAGUGGAGAUUCGCAACUACGGCACAAGCGGGGCUACAUCCACGCCUACAACACCACCAACUCCAACUCCAACCCAAACACCAAUCCCAACCCCAGCCCCAGCCCAGCUAACACAGAGCGAGAAAGAGAAAAGGAGAAGGAGAAAGAGAAGGAGAAAGGGGAGGAACUGGAGGAGAGUGUGGUGUAACAGUUAAGGUAACAGAGACUGAUAAAAAAAAGAAACUGAAGGAGAAAGAAAGGGAUUAAAGAUAGAAAAAAAUGAUAAAACUGGGUAAACUGGAAGAAAGUGUGGUGUAGUAGAAAUAGAUGUUGUAACAGAGGCUAUAGGAAUGUACAGAAAAAAACAUUCUGUACGGUCUGAGGAAGAGAAAGAGAAGUGAAAGAGCUUGGGGAGCGAGAGAGAGAGCGAAUGUGAUCGACCAGGAAGAGGGAGUUGAAAGAGGGAGAGUUAACAGGUGAAGUGUGAGGUGAUGCGAGAGAUACGUGGGCAUGUGAGCUCGGUGGAGUUAGGAGUUAGGGGAGGAUGGGCAGGCGGCUGUUAAGGCCCGAGCGAAAGGUUGAGUGGAGAGAUGAGAGGUGGAGGGAAGAUGUCACAGUAGAGGAAAAUCAGAGCGAGAGAGAAAGAGAGAGAGGAAGGAGAAAGAGAGCAGACAAACAAGAAAUGAACACGAGGAGAGGAGUAGGAGGUAGCAGAAGCAAAGUGAGGUAUAGAUAUAGUGCAAAGACUUGCGAUAAAUAGACUAAAGAGAUGGAGCAUUCGCUUGGUAGAUGUAAGAAAAGUACCCCAUUAGACUUAUAUCUGAACAACAAAGAAAUUAAACCAGUGAACAGAAGAGCCAAAUAGGUCAGGUAUGUGCGUAUAUAUGGUCUAUUUCAGGACCAGAGCAAGCCGAGCAGACAAUGACUUCUAACAAAUGACACCAAGCAAUGGCAUUGGAUUGGUAAUCAAUUAGCCAGGACUGCUCUGCCAAAGGCGAUGGACAGAAAUGCAGAGUCACGCUGGAUCGAUGGGAUAUGAUCAUUGGAUAGGGCUGGCACCAGCAGGGCGGAGAGCUGGUGUUACAUCAAGUCGGAGAGCGGAGAGAACGUGAACCAGACAUGGGCUUGAAAUCCAGCACUGGCAUGACGAUAAUGAUAAAACGAUUUGAGACAGAUUUAGCACACAGACCAAUAAACGUCUGUUGACUGAGGAGGAACGGGAUUGGAUACGGAGUGUGUAUGGUGUGAGUGAGUGUGUGCGCGCAUGUAUGUAUGUGUGUGUGUGUGUGUGUGUGUGUGUGUGUGUGUGUGUGUGUAGUGCAACUAGCAUUGUGAAUCUGGAAGAGGAUGAGCAGAACUACUCCUUUUGUUUACUUCAGUGACCAGACGCGCCAUGAUGUACCCAUAACCACGCUGAAUGUGUUUUCACAAGCAGAGACUGAGGCAUUACUCCAGUGAAGGUCAUUCAUUCAAACACCAUAGAGAGUCAUUCAGGUUACAUCGUCACAAACACAUAGUUCCAGAGUUACUUGAAGGAAUCCAGGCUAAGAGAAAGGACAACUGCAAUGAAAAGAUGGAAGACAAAAAAAGAGAAAAACAAAAAGAAGUAUUGCCAUAAACUUCUGUUUUCUUAUUGAUUUUCAUGAAUGAUAACAGAACUGACAAAAAAAAAAGUGCAAUUUUGUUGCAAUCUUUCAUGACGAUUACAUCUUAAGAUGAUCGCGAUCAUUGUUGUCGAGCUCGGCCGAAAUUAGAAAAGAAAAAAACAGAA